AUGGGGAACAAAGCAUCCAAAGGGCUUCAUAAAACCAGGGGAUAUCCUGAGCUGGAAGGCACCCAGGGAUCAUCACUUUUUCUGGGUGAUGGGAGGGGGUCCGGCUGGCAUUCCCAGCUGCAGGCGGUGUUUUCCCCUCGGGACAGGCUGCUGCUGCUGCUGCAGAGCUUCACGGGCUACGCGGAGGCGGUGCUGAGCGGGCGGGCGGUGCCGCCGCCGCGGGGCCCGGGGCCCUGCAUGUCCGCGGGGCUCACGGCCAGGACCUUCUGGAGCACCAUGCUGAAACUCGGGGCCUUCUGCCAGCAGCUCCGGGACGAGGUUGGAAAAUAUCAGAAGGAGUACCUGAAAUGCAUCUUGCCAGAAGUUUUGGAGUCAGGAACUGCCUCGGAGGCUGCCCAGCCCACUUCUGUGUGCCCAAAUGCCAGUGUCCAGCCCAGGGCUGGGGCCAGCCUGGCUCUGAGCACCCGCAGUGUCCCCACCCAGACCCUGGGGUCACACCUGGACUCCUGUGACACCUGCUCCAGCGCCCAGGCCAGCCUCCAAGAGGUGGGCAGAGCCAUCACCACCAUCUGCCAGAGCCAGAACAUCCCUUCAGCUCUCAGCAAAUUCCAGGAGGUGCUGGAGGACAGUGCAGGGAGAAGGAACCUCUCUGCAACAGACAUGAGCUAUUGGGCCUCGGAGCAGAGCAAGGACCUCUCCCGGAUCAACAAACACCUCCAGGGGCUGCUGCAGCAGCUGAACCCCGUGAAGGCUGAGCUGGAAGAGAUGGGCAAACAGAAGGAGAAGCUGCAGAAACAGGUUGAGGACUUUUCCAGGAAGCUGCAGGCAGAGAAGGACACCCAAGCAGAGCAGCAGAAGAAGUCUGAGCAGAACCUGAAAGCCAAAGAAAAGGAGCAUUCCGAGGCUGUGGCAAGGCUGGAGCAAGACAAGGAUGACCUCAGGAGAGGAGCUGCUCUGCUGGAGGAGCAACUCUCAGCCCUGAAGGAAGAGCUGGCAGCAAAGGAAGUGGCUGUGCAGGAGCUGGAGCUCUCCAAGACCGCCUUGCUGGAGGAGAUGAGGACCAUGGUGGCCCAGAGCCAAGUGCUGGAGUUGGAGGAGAAGGUGCAGGUGCUCACAGGCCAGAGGGAGAGGCUGGAGCAGGAGCUGAGUGCCACCAGGAUGCAGCUGGAGAAGGAGAAGGUCCGUGUGGAGAGCAUGUUCCGGCACGAGGAGUCCCUGCAGGCCAAGCAGAGGACCCUGCUGCAGCAGCUAGACAGCCUGGACAGGGAGCUUGAGGAGCUGCAGGCCAACCUGGGAGAGGCUGAGGAGGACAAGGCCCGGCUGGCCGAGCAGCUGGAGCAGAGCCAGAAGCAGAGUGGGGAACAGCUCCAGGCACAGCAGGAGCUGCUGGACACGCUGCAGCAGGAGAAGCUGGUACUGGAGCAAUCCAUCCUGGAGCUGCAGACGAACACAUCCCAGCUGCAGGAACAGGCACAGGAGCUGAGGGAGCGGGAAAGGCUCCUGGUGUUCUUCCCUGAUCUCCACAUGCCCACUGAGACACAGUUUGAGAGCAGUGGGAACUUUACAGAGGACAUGAAGAGUCAGCUCCAGGCCAACAAGAUCCGGAUCGAGGUGCUGGAGAGGGAGAACACACAGCUCGAGGCUCUGCUCGCCAAGGUGAAGGCAGCAGCCGAGCAGGGUGUGCUCAAGCUCAUCCCACAGGCCCAGCUGGGGUCCCAGCUCCACAGGGAGGCCAGCAGGCAGGACACUGGGCGGCUCAGCAGUGGGAGCAGCGGGGACAGCCCAGGGAUGCCAGGAGGCAUUGACAAGGCCUGGCACAGAGCUCCCAGCAGCCAGCACUCCAAGAAACUCCGGGCAGAGCCCUCACCCCAGGCCAAACCCUGCCUCACACUCCCAGUGCGACGCCUGGGGUUUGGCCUCCCCUCACUCCACACCGAGGCUCACCACAAAUAAACAGGAUCAGUCUGAACUCCCUGACAGAGAAAUUGUUCCACCAGCAGCCACCUGCCCUGCCCAGGGGACCUCGUUACCAGUUCUUUGUGCGUCAGGAAGGGAAACGUGGGCUCUGCCUGGUUCCUUGGGGAGCUGCUCCAGGGAUGUUCCUGGGCACUGGGAUCAGUCACCCAUGACUACGCUGCUGCUGGAGUCCCCACAAGCCCUGGGGCUGAUGCCAGGGCACAGUGUGUGCUAGCUCCUGCCAGGAACCAUUCCCAAGAGGGGACUGGGAUGUGGCCACACUUGGAAAAGGAAAGCAGAGCUGGCCUGGGAUGAGAGGAAUCCAAACCACCCUCAGCCCACCAGCACAGCCACAGCCUGGGAAAGUCAUUCCCCCCACCAUGAGCACCGAGGGGCUAGGAACCACCGAGCCACUGGCACAGGCUGGCUCUGACCUCUGAGCUGCCUCCCCAGCACUAUGAGCCCAUGCAAGCCCCACACAAACCACACAGCCAGUCCUUGCUCCAUGUUUAAUAGGGAUGGGCACGUGCCACAUUGCAGCCUGUGGGGCAGGACCCAGGCAGGGCCCAUGGUGUGUCCCCAGUGACCGUGCUGGUGAGCCGAGUCCUGUGCUGGCUCUGCAGCUGACUGGU